UCAAACAGUGCCCAUUCUUUUCCGUGCCGCUGAAAGGUCGUAGUCUUUCCUACCUUUUUGGUGGUAUAAGAUUUUUGAUAUGCUGUCAUUAGUCGUUCGCUCGGGGGCUUUUGCUCCUUAUUUGUCUGCUACGUCUUAUGGUGUAGCGGGUCCGUUAAAGCCAUUGAUUCCAGCAGUUGUCACCCAAACAGAAAAAUUAGUGCUAGAUCUGAAGAAGCCUUUCUUAUGCCGUGAGUCCUUGAACGGACAAGCUGCGAAAACUGGGCCUGUGGCUGUAGCUAGUGUUGGUGCUCCAGCUAGUGUUCGUUAUGCACACAGUGAUAUUACAGUUCCUGACUUCUCAGAUUACCGACGCCAAGAAGUGUUGGACAGUAAGAAAUCUUCUCAAGACAGCGGUGACUCUAGAAGAGCCUUUUCCUACCUGCUAAGUGGAACUGCUGCAGUGGUUGGUGCUUAUGCAGCUAAAAAUUUAGUCACACAGUUUGUCUCAAGCAUGAGUGCCUCUGCUGAUGUCCUGGCAUUGUCAAAGAUUGAAGUCAAGUUAUCUGAAAUUCCUGAAGGCAAAAAUAUGACAUUUAAGUGGAGGGGAAAGCCAUUGUUUGUACGACACAGAACCCAGAAAGAAAUUGAGCAAGAAGGGCAGGUCAGUUUGGCUGAGCUAAGAGAUCCACAGCACGAUUUAGACAGAGUAAAGAAACCGGAGUGGGUCAUUUUGAUUGGAGUUUGCACUCAUCUGGGUUGUGUCCCCAUAGCAAAUGCUGGAGAAUUUGGUGGCUAUUAUUGUCCUUGUCAUGGGUCUCAUUAUGAUGCUUCUGGUAGAAUUAGAAAGGGUCCUGCUCCUUACAACUUGGAAAUUCCCACUUAUGAAUUCACUAGUGAUGAUGUUAUAAUUGUUGGCUGAAAAACUGGACAUCCAACAUUGAUGGAACAUAAACAAAUUUCAAUGCGUAAAGGAUAUUUCUUUGCACUUGAGCUGUAGUCGAGCAGUUGAAAAUAAACACCCAUUUUAUGUGGAAA